AUGCCUAUGAAGCAGCAGUCCGCGUCUGGGACGUCCCCAACCGAACGGGACUCGCGGCCCCCUCCGGCUCAGCGUCGGAUUAUUGAGGGCACAUACGAGUGUUGGAGCAACGAGGUUAGUCCCUCACGCUCUGACAGUGUUUACCGAGAGAACAAGGCGAAGUACAGGAAUGUGCAAGUAGGCCCUGUUAUAAGUGCUGAUGAGGUGGACGCGCUGCUAUGUCGUAAGCCCAACGCGGUGAAAAACUUCAUUAAUUCGCUGAAUGAGCAAAUGCGCCAGCGGCUUUCGCCUGCUGUGGCAGCCGAUAUCAACACUCCCCUCGAAUCAUGUGAUUACGAGCCUGAGUUUGGCCGUGAGUUGCAGCAGUGCAACGUAUCGGUGAAGAAUCGCAUUACCAUUUUCGACAGAAAGACACAACAAGCCGACGGUGGAGCACGGUUGAAGACCGCUGCUUUGAGAAGUGAAGGUUUUGUGAACCAUGAGGCCUCGCCAGGUGAACGCAGCAUGGCAACCUACGCUACAGAGGUAGGCACAUUGGUUGCCGAGGCUGCGCCUAAAUGCUCCAUGUUUGUAAGCAGUACACCGUACGACAGCAGUAGCUGGUUUGGUUUGUCUAGUGGGUUUUCACAGUACGCCGGAGAGGAGUUAGGCCCACCGUCCCGUUUUGGUGCCAAUCUUGACCUUGAUCGCAUAGCCCAACUCUCACAAGUUGGUUUCAACUUUGGUCCACCUCCUCCGUCUACCGAACGCAGCUUAACGGAUGUUGUACGCCGUGUAGGUGCGCCGUGCAAUCAAUUUGGGCCCUCUCUGCAGCGUUGCAUGUCGGAUCAUUCACAUGAACCGGAGCGUGAUCCCUUCGGCUCCGCCCGCCUUGGCAGGAAAGCGAUUAAUAAGGGCCCCAAUGCAGCGCGUUAUCGCUUCCCUGGAGAGGGUAGCCCUGAACCACGUGGUUUCGGUUUGGUGGAUACGGAUGACACCUUAAGUUUUCACGAGAGUCGCAACGCGUGGGCCCCGUCGUUGGGGCAACGUCGGACGUUUGCCGAUGCUCCUGUAGAGCGAGUGGAACUUCCUUUGGAGCUAGUGCGUCGUGGUUACGACACGGAUUCCGAUUGCAGUGGUCCUUAUGCUGAUUCAGCAGAUUUGGAGUCUCGAAACUCCUCUAGGGACGUUGCGCCGUACUUCACAAUUCGUGCGUCAGGACGUGAGAUUCGUAUACACACGACGAAUGUAAUCAAGGCGGGUUGGACCUGGAUGCACAGUGCGCGAGCUCGCAAAUGGUUCCCCAAGUAUCUGGUUCUGUUUUACGACGAGCCGCAGCGCGCCCGGUCAUAUCAGCUGCACGCAACCAUAAACGGUGCCGCAACUGGUGGAGAUCGCGGUGCAGCGUCGCCAUCGAGCUUUUGGGACAUCUACAAGAUAUAUUCUCACCUGGGCCAAACUACGCGGGUAACUGCUGAUUCCGCGGAUCGAUGCAAAGAUCUUGAUCCUUCUCCGCGACUACCCCCUUAUAAAGGGGUGCAACCAGAGUCACUGUCAAUUAGUGGUUCCUACAGUCGGCCUAGGAAUGUUUGGGAUGCGGAUUGUAAAGAGGCGUUGUCUGUGCUUUCGAGAUCUACCUACCACUCAUAUUUAGAAUCGUUGGACGCAGUGGGCAAGUCGUUGUCAUCAAACCAACGUAGAUCAAUCGUGAUCAUCCCUGACAACGCCACGGUAUAUUUGACAAUCCUUUCUGGCGAGACCGACGACGUUGCCGGUGCGUUGCGCCGCGGUGAUUUUCGGGAAUUCAUGGAGGUAGAUGUUGGUCUUGUGCCAUACACAAAGCAACAUGCCCCCAAUCACUGGCUCACUGGAUUUCUAACGAGAACCAUGGGUAGAGAUCCGCUGAAUCUCAUCCACAUUCCGCUGGUGGACGGCUAUGAGUGCUGUUUUAUGCCGCUCUGUGCUGCUCAUUUUUCCGGCGUAUCGCUAACCUACGAGAUGGAAUGCGCGCGGCUUAAUCGUGUGGGACGAGAGUACGAGCAUUGGUUGUUUAGUCUCUGGGAGUUCGUGGUACGGCGCGGUGGGAAGGCAGUUGACUCCUCCACGGAUUCAGGGCAGUCUAUCAUGCCGGUGACGGUAGCGACUGCUCUGGGGCGCCUGCUGCGCAGCGCUACAGAAUUUUUGUCAAACAUUUGGCAACGUGCGAGGGGAACCAACAAAGUAUCAGCUGGCUGCGAUGAGGCUUCGUACACCCACGAGUUGCACGCCAGCUCCGACCUACCCGAGGAGCAAGAAUCUCUGAAAAGCGUACUGUCUGGAGGAGGUUACACGCGCCGCGACGUGGGCAGUCCAUCCCACAAACGGGCGCUCACGCGCGGUUUCGCGCAAUGGAUCAGUUCUCGAGGCUUCGAUGACCUCUCUGUGAGCAUGAACAUAUACAGCCUGACCAGUAGAUUCGGCGAAUUAUAG